UGCAGCUGGAGAUCGAUCGACGAGGGACGGACGGACGGGCGCUAGCUGCUUUAUUUAGCCGCCGGCCGGGCCGAUCGUUCUCUUCUCUUCCGACAUUGAUUGAAUCUUCCUCGUGGCACCCGUCAGGCCGUCCGUUCAUCCGUCUGUCCUCGGUGUCGUUGUUGGUGGGGUUUGCGUAAUUGCAUUGCGAGCCGGCCGAUUGAUUGAUCUGAGAUCAGUGGCCUGUCUGAGAUGCCAUGCCUCUUCUCUGUCGUGCCGGUCGAUCCGUAUCUCAAAUUGGGGUCGGCGAUGCCAACAAAUUAACUGAUUCUGUCUUCCUCUGAUUACUAGUUAGACGACGAGGAGUUUAUUCCCUUUGCAUUAGGCGAUCGAAUAUCUGGGUCGAAUUUGUUUGCUUGUCUUUUUCUCCUUGUUCCUUCCGUCUGCCUGUAUCAGGAUUGUUCUCUAGUCUCGGUGUAAUGUGCGAUCAUAUUAUUUUCUGUAUAAUUAAUCUACCACUGUUGAACGGGCGAUUUUUGGAGUUUUGGUUGACGCCAAAGCAGCGGCGGUCAUUUCGAUCCAUCAAUCCUUUUCGCUGUCCCCUUUUAUUUGUCCCUUUGCCGGUUUGGUUGGCCACAUAAACUGUUUCUGGUCUCGCUAUCGGCGGAGGAGAAUCGGCCCGAUCAUAUGCGUUCUCGUUGAUGCCGUAACAAGAGUUGAAUAUCUGAUAUGGAUGAAACCAUGGGAAGGAGAACAGUCAGUGGCCUUCUUGUCACCAAAGGAGGCUCAAUUCUUGUCUUCAGGGAAGAAAGCCCACGCCACAAGGCCACCACAUGUUGUACCCGCCUCGGGUGCAGCAGUAAGCUUUUCCCAAACAAAGACAGGAAGACACGCAGGGCAUCCAUGGAAACAUCGGCUCAUCAGAGAUCACAAGUGUUGAGGAAAUCCAACAGGAUGUCCCCUCAAGGAAGUAUUUCUUAUGAUCGAAGCACCAGUAGGAAUACAGCAAGUACUUUUGGUGAGACUGACAAUAUACCAAGACGAAAAGAAAAUCCCGGGUGUGAUCUACUAGCUCGGUUGAAAGAAAGGGUCAAUGCAUCCAGGAAACGCUCAUUGGGUGGACUGGGUAGUCCUAACAUAUCAUCAACAAACACAUCAAGCAGUAGCCGGUCGUUUUCAAGAUCAAUAUGUCAGCCAGCUUCGAGAAUGAGAAAGGAUGGAGGAAGGGUUGCAGAAGCUAUGAGGAUGCAUAAAGCCAGAGAGAAUAGUGGUAGCUCUAGGGAAGAUGUGUUGACAAGAAAUUCUAUCCAAGAUCCUUCAGACAGGUUUCUAUCUCAAAGCUUGUUGAGGCGCAGGAGUAGACUUCAGCAAGGGCCAGUAUCAUCAUUCGAGGAUACUUUAGAUUAUUCCAGUGAAUACUGGCACUUUGAUAUGGAUGACAGUGAAGAGGUUGAGGAUUACUAUGUCUUUAAUGAUCAGCAUAGAGGAAUGAGAAUGGACAUUGAUGACAUGUCUUAUGAGGACUUGCUUGCGCUUGGGGAGAGAAUAGGUACUGUAAGCACUGGCCUUUCAGAUGAUGCACUUUCCAAGUGUCUGAAGAGAAGCCUCUAUGUGCCCACAACUUCAAGCAGCCAUGAAGAUGGUGACAUCAAAUGCAUCAUAUGUCAGGAGGAGUACUCCUCUGAUGUGGAGGUGGCCAAGAUGGCAUGCAAGCAUUACUACCAUACCACUUGCAUCCAACAGUGGCUUCAGCAAAAGAAUUGGUGCCCGAUUUGUAAAUGUGUCGCUUCUGUCAUCAGCUCAUAGUGUUCUUGACAGAAACAAAAGUCUCAGUUCAUUGUAAUCAAAUAGGAAUACAAUUUUUUUUUGUUCUAGAACAAAUUAUUCUCUUCAAUCCUCAACUGCUCUUCAAUUCACACUACACUUGCCAGAGCAAAGCUUUAGGAAGCAGGAUAAUAAGUCCUAGAAGAAAGGAUUUUCGCAGUUUUGAUGUUGAAGUUGAAGACUUGAAGUCAGUGUUGAAUUCUGCUUUUCUUUAUCUUUAUAUAUGUAUAAACGUGAAAAAAAAAAGUUCAGCAAUAAUAGUGCAGUUUUUUGUUGCCA